AUGGCUGCGAACUACUUGCAGCUACUUGCAGACAUAGCUGUCUGCGCGCCGAAUCUGCAACGUCUGUGUGUUGUUAGCUUGGAGACCAGCUCCAUUUCCUUCUGGCAAUAUGUCAUACCAGGUGGGGGAUAUCCACCGUUCGAGGAUAAGGCCAUUACAAGUGUAUUCCAGAAGCUAGAGUCAGCUAGUCUUCAGAUCCACGCCGAGAGCGCUAGCGUUUACACUGCGAAAGAGGUCGCUUGGUUCCACAGCAUCUGCUCGUCUAUGGUCUCUGUACCAAAGCUCAAAGACUUCCGAGCAUCAGGUGUCACCUCCCAAAACUGGACUCCCAAAAUUCAUGGUGCAUUCAAGCAGCUGCAGCGGCUCGAGUUCACCGAAUGUUGUCUGGACAUUGAAGAUGUCGUGGACAUCUGGAAUGCAUGUCAGGGGCUGCGCCACAUCGUUUGCGAAUGGGCGUUCCUGAUUGCGACUGGGACUAAACCAUCGGACCUUUAUACCGCUCUGUUACGACACAGCAAGACAUUGCAAACUUUGCAUCUUGACAUGCGGGAAGUGCGUACUGAUGAUGGCUUCACCGCUUCAGAGCGACUCGGCUCAUUGCAGCUCUUCACGGCUUUGAAGUCCCUUGCCAUUUGCGAAAUAACACUGCUAGGUCACGUAUGGACACUUGCGGCUUUGCGAGAGGAUCUUCUGCCGCGCUGUUUGACGGAUCUGUUACCCACCAACCUGGAGAGUUUUGCACUUCUUCUACUUGAAGAUCAGGCGAUGGAAAACAUACAUCGACUUCAAGAGCCGUUGGUUCUAAGCACCUUUGUCAGAAACUGCCAGAGAGGCUUUUCAGGACUCAAAGAAGUCCGUGUCGUAAGCAUUCAUGACAUUCAUGCACCCAAAAUUACCAACGCUUUCGAAGGGACAGGCGUGAACUUCAGUCUGGUCACGGAAUCGAAGCAUAGCUUCUUCGGUAUGUAG